AAUCAAAUGAUUAGUCGUUGCUAUUUCUAAUUAUUUUUAUGUGAGCUAUUUGUUUUUAACAUUGAUGAGAUAUUGGUGUUAAUUAUAUUUCAACCAUCUCCUUUUUGCUGAUCAAUAAUGAUAACCGUAAUAUUUGGGAUACUUUCGUCGGGGUUUGUAUUAUUUGCCGUUUCUCUGCUAAGCCUACGCAGUUGGCUACAGAACAGCAAGAGAAAACUUAAGGGAUCUUUUGCUGACACUGUUAGCAUAGGAAUAUUUCAUCCAUACUGCAACGCUGGAGGCGGUGGGGAAAGAGUAUUAUGGUGCGCAGUAAGAGCUCUCCAGGCUAAAUAUGACAAUAUUAAAAUUGUUAUAUACACUGGAGAUAUCGAUAGUUCACCGAACAGUAUUUUCGAAAAGGUGCAAGGUACUUUUAAUAUAGAUGUGGAUAAACAAAACACGAGUUUCGUAUAUUUAAAACGACGAAUGCUAGUUGAAGAUAAGCUAUAUCCGUAUUUUACAUUGUUGGGACAAAGCCUUGGCUCUAUAAUUUUGGGAUUGGAAGCACUGUGCAGAUUCCCGCCUGAUAUAUAUAUUGACACCACAGGAUAUGCUUUUACAUUGCCAUUGUUUCGUUAUAUCGGUGGAUGUAAAGUAGGAUGUUAUGUACACUAUCCCACAAUAAGUAUGGAUAUGCUACGCCGAGUUCAACAACGGGAAUACUGCCACAACAAUCAAGCUUAUGUGGUCAGAAAUCCGUUCAUAACCUGGAUGAAGGUUAUAUACUAUAGAGUUUUCGCCAAGAUGUACAGCUGGGUUGGCCAGUGUUCAGACACUAUAAUGGUUAAUUCCACGUGGACUGAAAAUCAUAUUGGUGAUUUAUGGGGGGUACCUUUUAAAACGCAUCGUGUAUAUCCUCCUUGUGAAGUAAGACAUAUUAAAGCGCUAAAGCGCAACGAGAAUACAGAGAAGGUAAUAAUUUUAUCCAUUGGUCAAUUCCGACCAGAGAAAGAUCACCCGUUACAGCUGCAGGCAAUGUAUGAACUACGAACUCUUUUAUCAAGAAAUGAGGAUCUGUGGAAUAAGGUGCAUCUUAUCAUAGCGGGUUCGUGUCGAAACGACAGCGACUACGAACGGCUGAAGAAUAUGCAAGACUUGGCUAAACAUCUCUCUUUAGAAAAUUCCGUGGAAUUUAAAGUAAAUGUUCACUACGAUGAACUCCUCCAACUGUAUCAAAAAUCCGGAAUUGGAAUUCACACUAUGUGGAAUGAGCACUUCGGUAUCGGCAUCGUCGAAUGUAUGUCCGCAGGUAUGAUAAUGAUUGCUCACCGAUCCGGAGGUCCCUUAUUAGACAUAAUCGAAACUUCAGAAGGAAGUCAGAACGGAUAUUUAGCAACAAAUGCUGUUGAAUACGCUAAUUGCAUCUUAAGUAUCAUAUGCAGUUCCAGAGAAGUAAAUGAAACAAUUCGCAAUGCAGCAAGAUCGUCGGUGGAAAGAUUUUCGGAGGAGGAAUUCGAGGUCAACUUCCUUCGUGCAGUUACUCCAUUAUUUAAUGAAACAUAAAAUACAUUGUAAUCGAAACCAAUGGAUGAUUUUAUUAAAUGACUAAAGACGGAAUGAAAAAAAA